UAAUCAGAUCCAGACCGUCCAAAAUAGGGAUCUCAAAAACCCCAUUAAACCUCUGCUUCACUAACUUGUCUGUUGCCUCUUCAACACACGACGAAUCUCUUACAAAGUCUAAGCUUUUUCAACCUUCUACGGUUCUUUGAUCGUUAUUAACUGAAACACAAUCUGUUAGCCAUUGAGUCGUAGAAAUCUCUUGAACCAAUACAACAACCUAACCUCAGUGCACAAGAUUCAUCGAGAAUGACGAAGCUAGUAACGCCGGGAGAUAAACUCGGGAGUGCGACUCAGUUUAAAGCCGGCAAAGGAGCUUAUGUCAACGACACUACAAUCUACGCUUCCCUCACAGGAUACUUCCAGAUUGUUUCUCCUCUUCCUGAAUCCCUUGACCAGAGAGCCAUUGUGGAAGUUACAGGUCACAAGGCACAUGGACUUAUUCCGGAGCCUGGUUCUGUUGUCACUGCAAGGGUGACUAAAGUUAUAGCUCGGAUGGCUUCUGUUAAUAUCUUGUGUGUUGGUCCAAAGGCUGUUCGUGAGAAAUUCGCUGGCAUAAUCAGGCAACAAGAUGUUAGAGCAACAGAGAUUGACAAAGUUGAUAUGCAUCAGUCUUUCCGUCCUGGUGACAUUGUUAGAGCUAUGGUUCUGUCUAUUGGUGAUGCACGGGCUUACUAUCUAUCAACUGCUAAGAAUGAGCUUGGUGUGGUAUCAGCAGAAAGUGCUGCAGGUGAAACAAUGGUUCCUAUAAGUUGGACGGAGAUGCAGUGUCCCUUGUCGGGCCAAACCGAGCAGAGAAAAGUUGCUAAGGUGGUUUAGUUGAAUUCAAGGUGAGAUUUGGCUUCCCUCAUUGAAUGAUGUGCGAGUCUCUACAACAAAACAAGAAAAUAUCUGAGUAUUAUAAUUUUGAGCUCUUUUGACUUCUUUUUUAACUUUAGAUUGUGGAAACGGUUGGUUUAACUCGGAACAACUUGAACACUUUGAUUGUUGUAAUUUCUUGGUGUGAGAUUGGAGUAAUGAAACCACUUUCUUGGAGAUGUAAUUCAUUUGUAACAUUUUCAGUGUCGAUGAAAGGGGGGCUAAAGAUAUAAUGUAGUUGAAUGUGUGAACCGUUCGAUCCUUACACUGCAUUGAUAAUUGUGACGAACGUUUGAAUGCUUGUUGCACAAGAUUUUUGGUCUUGGGUUUAUUUUUGAGAUUGUUGUGAG